AUGGCCCAAAGUCUGCAAGAGGAGGUGACCUGUCCAGUUUGUCUGGAAAUUUUCUUCUGUCCCAUUUUACUCUCCUGUGAACACGUUUUCUGCUUUCAUUGCAUGCAAACAUGGCUGCUAGAACACCGGGACCUGAAAUUGACCUGCCCUAUGUGUCGAGGGGUAACGGAGAGCCCCCCUUUGGAGGAAUGGCAAAUCGGAGCACUAUCCCUUCUGGUCAGACAGCACAGUGGCCUACUGGUGAAAAGUCUGCAUGUGAACAAAGAGUUGCUGAGGUUCCAGGAGGUUAUGACUCUGGAUGCAAGCACUGCUAACCCCUUCCUUGUCCUCUCUGAUGACCUAAGGAAUGUUUGGUGUGGGAAGAUCUGCCACAACCCAGUGGAGGAUCCCCAGAGAUUCACCUACCUGACCUGUGUCUUGGGCACCCCAUGCUUCUCCACUGGCUGCCAUUACUGGGAGGUCGAGGUGGGGGAGGGGAAGGAGUGGACUCUAGGGAUCUGCAAGGAGUCAGUCAACAGAAAGAGGAAAGGUGGUUUCUCUGCUGAGCAUGGCUUCUGGUUUAUCAGCAUGAAGGCAGGAACAAUCUGCAUCAACUCCAUCCCGGACACCAGAAUUCCUGCAAGCCCUGAACUUAGCCACGUAGGGAUAUUUUUAGAUGUUGAGAUGGAAGAAAUCAAGUUUUUUGAUGUUAGAGAUAACGUCCUCAUCUAUACACACAGUCAUCUCUCAUGUUUGGAGCCUUUGCGUCCGUUCUUCUGUCCUGAGUUGCCUAGAGAAGUUGGACUUAUUCCCAGUCCAUUUUCUGGCGUGCCAACAUUGCUGUGGCAUGGGGUUGAUUCUUGGGUAUUUUCUAGACGACUCCCUUCCCCACACGCCUUUCUGGAGACCCAUAGAGCAGCCCCAAAUGCUCCUUUUAUUUUGUAUCGUCUUCCCUGGCUCCGGCCGUUAGAACUUUGGUGGGUCUUCCAGGAUUCCGUGGGCUAUGGAGUGACCCAAGGAGUGACCAACAGUGACCUUUACUUCACUGUCAUCCUAAAAUCUGCACCUAAGGAGGAACUCAAGCCUCAUUUACGUCACAGACAGUGUUAUGUGUGGGCACGUUUCCUUAAGGUGCACGCGCCACCUCACUCCUGCCUCUACACGUGA